GGGUUGAGAUCGGAGAGCUAGGGUUUUGAGUUUUCUCAAUUUGCGAACAUGGACGUGGAUAAUCCAGAGGAUGGAUUGAAGAAGCUUGAAUACUUGUCGCUGGUGUCGAAGGUUUGCACCGAGUUGGAGUCCCACACUGGCACCGGCGACAAGGUUCUCGCCGAGUUCAUUACUGAGUUAGGUCGAACCUCCGAGAACGUCGAAGAAUUCGACGCCAAACUGAAGGAGAAUGGUGGAGAGAUGCCUGAUUACUUCGUUCGAACGCUUCUCAAAAUAAUACACGCCAUUCUUCCUCCGAAGCCCAAGGAUUCGAAGAAGGAGAAAGAGAGCGCCAACACCAAUUCCAAGACCAAGUUCAAGGCUCUUGCUAUCGCAGACGAUAGGGACCGUGUGAAGGAGCUUCAGAAGGAAAUUGAAUCCGAGAUCAGAGAGAAGCAGAAACAACCAACAGAUGAAGAAGAUGGGUACAGAGACAGAGAUAGAAGAGAUAAGCGCAGAGACAGGUAUGAAAGAGAUAGAGAUGAUGAUGACGAUGAUAGAAGGGAUUAUAGCAGAAGAGGAAGGGAUAGGGAUAGGGAUAGAGAUAGAGAUAGAUAUGAUAGGGAUAGGGAUAGGGAUAGGGAUAGAUAUGAGAGGCGUAGAAGGGAUGGGUAUGGAGAGAAUGAACGUGGGAGGGAGAAUGGUGAUGGUAAUAGGAAGGGUCGAAGGGAUACGCUGCAUGGGUCUAGCGAACCUGAGUUAUAUAUGGUUUAUAAAGGGAGAGUGUCGAGGGUUAUGGAUACUGGAUGCUUUGUUCAGUUGGAUGAUUUUAGAGGGAAGGAGGGUUUGGUGCAUGUUUCACAGAUUGCCACGCGAAGGAUUAGUAAUGCUAAGGAUGUUGUCAAGCGGGAUCAGGAGGUUUAUGUGAAGGUGAUUUCAGUUUCUGGUCAGAAGUUGAGUCUUUCAAUGAGGGAUGUUGAUCAGCAUACUGGAAAGGAUCUUCUUCCGUUGAAGAAGAACACCGAGGAUGAAGCUUUGAGGAUGAACCCACCGAAGGAUGGGCCGGUUGCCAGGACAGGUCUUUCGGGUAUUAGGAUUGUGGAGGAGGAUGAUAUUGGUUCUUCGCGGAGACCUCUGAAGAGAAUGAGCUCACCGGAGAAAUGGGAAGCAAAACAAUUGAUUGCUUCGGGUGUUUUGGGUGUUUCGGAGUAUCCAACUUAUGAUGAGGAGGGAGAUGGAUUGCUAUACCAAGAGGAAGGUGGUGAGGAAGAGCUUGAGAUUGAGAUGAAUGAGGAUGAACCUGCCUUCUUGCAAGGGCAGAGCAGAUACUCCAUGGAUAUGUCUCCUGUUAAGAUUUUUAAGAAUCCAGAAGGUUCUCUAGGUCGUGCUGCUGCUCUCCAGUCUGCACUCAUAAAGGAGCGUAGGGAAGUAAGAGAACAACAACAACGUACAAUGCUUGAUUCAAUUCCAAAGGAUCUUAAUCGUCCUUGGGAAGAUCCUAUGCCUGAGACAGGUGAAAGGCAUCUUGCCCAGGAGCUUAGAGGUGUUGGCUUAUCAGCCUAUGAUAUGCCGGAAUGGAAGAAGGAUGCCUAUGGGAAGACCAUUACUUUUGGGCAACGAUCAAAGCUUUCUAUUCAGGAGCAGAGGCAGAGUUUGCCAAUUUAUAAGUUAAAGAAAGAAUUGAUUCAGGCUGUGCAUGAUAAUCAGGUGUUGGUGGUUAUUGGUGAAACCGGUUCUGGCAAGACUACUCAGGUCACACAGUAUCUUGCUGAAGCGGGUUACACCACAAAAGGUAAAAUUGGAUGUACUCAACCUCGUAGGGUGGCUGCAAUGUCAGUGGCAAAGAGAGUUGCAGAAGAGUUUGGUUGUCGAUUGGGAGAGGAAGUUGGUUAUGCCAUUCGGUUUGAGGAUUGCACUGGACCAGAUACUGUAAUCAAGUACAUGACAGAUGGUAUGCUUCUUAGGGAAAUAUUGGUUGAUGAGAAUCUGUCACAGUAUUCUGUUAUAAUGCUUGACGAAGCCCACGAAAGAACUAUUCAUACUGAUGUGCUUUUUGGACUGCUGAAGCAACUAGUGAAGCGUAGGCCUGAAUUGCGAUUGAUUGUCACAUCUGCUACCCUGGAUGCUGAGAAAUUUUCAGGCUAUUUCUUUAACUGUAACAUCUUUACAAUUCCUGGUAGAACAUUUCCUGUGGAGAUACUCUAUACUAAACAACCCGAAAGUGAUUACUUAGAUGCAGCUUUAAUCACUGUCCUACAGAUCCACUUGACGGAACCUGAAGGAGACAUUCUCCUCUUCUUGACUGGUCAAGAAGAGAUUGAUUUUGCCUGCCAAUCUCUCUAUGAGAGAAUGAAGGGAUUGGGUAAGAAUGUUCCGGAGCUGAUCAUUUUACCGGUGUAUAGUGCCCUUCCUAGUGAAAUGCAGUCUAGGAUAUUUGAACCUGCUCCUCCUGGGAAAAGGAAAGUGGUUGUGGCUACUAACAUUGCUGAGGCUUCUUUGACUAUUGAUGGGAUAUUUUAUGUAAUUGAUCCUGGAUUUGCUAAGCAAAAUGUUUAUAACCCAAAGCAAGGUCUAGAUUCUUUGGUGAUAACUCCAAUUUCACAAGCAUCAGCCAAGCAAAGAGCUGGACGUGCAGGGCGUACUGGACCUGGGAAGUGUUAUCGCCUGUAUACUGAGAGUGCAUAUAGGAAUGAGAUGUCUCCUACUACAAUUCCAGAAAUUCAAAGGAUAAAUCUGGGGACGACUACUCUUAAUAUGAAAGCUAUGGGGAUAAAUGAUCUACUGUCCUUUGACUUUAUGGAUCCACCAUCACCUCAAGCACUUAUUUCUGCCAUGGAGCAGCUAUACAGUCUUGGAGCAUUGGAUGAAGAAGGCCUUUUAACCAAACUGGGGAGGAAAAUGGCAGAAUUUCCUUUGGAUCCACCAUUGUCCAAGAUGCUGCUUGCCAGUGUGGACCUUGGAUGCAGUGAUGAGAUUUUGACCAUAAUUGCCAUGAUCCAGACAGGCAAUAUUUUUUACCGGCCUAGGGAAAAACAAGCCCAAGCAGAUCAGAAGAGGGCAAAGUUUUUCCAGCCAGAGGGUGACCAUCUUACACUUCUUGCUGUUUAUGAGGCUUGGAAAGCUAAGAAUUUUUCUGGGCCCUGGUGUUUCGAGAACUUUGUUCAGUCCCGAUCAUUGAGAAGAGCACAGGAUGUCAGGAAACAGCUUCUCACCAUCAUGGAUAAGUACAAAUUGGAUGUCGUUAGUGCUGGAAAAAACUUCACCAAAAUCAGGAAGGCUAUCACCGCAGGAUUCUUUUUCCAUGCUGCUAGGAAGGACCCUCAGGAAGGUUACAGAACCCUAGUUGAGAACCAGCCUGUUUACAUCCAUCCAAGUUCAGCUUUGUUCCAGAGACAGCCGGACUGGGUCAUCUACCAUGAGCUUGUGAUGACAACUAAGGAAUAUAUGCGUGAGGUCACUGUCAUAGAUCCCAAAUGGCUUGUUGAAUUGGCUCCAAGAUUCUUCAAAGUGGCAGAUCCUACAAAGAUGAGCAAACGAAAGCGUCAAGAGCGUAUAGAACCACUUUAUGAUAGAUACCACGAACCAAAUUCAUGGCGUUUGAGUAAACGCCGUGCAUGAUGUGAGCUUUUCCCUCUGGCAGGGGAGUGGGAUUGGUACACAAGUUUUGAUAUCAUAGUAUGGGAGUUUGGCAUAAUAUCAUUAUCUCUAGCUUCAGGAAUUGCCAUUCAAGUUUAGGCAGAAGUUUGAUUUAUGUAGUACAUUCAAUAACUUUCUGUCUCUCCAAAUAUGACGCAAGUUCAGGAGUUAGGACUGUUAAUAAUUUGAAGGGUUCUGCAAAGCUCUUCAUUGACUUAGAAACCAGAUGGUUGAUCAUGAUGAGGUGCAUCACUUGGCCUGUCACUUACCCUCCUUGUCAUUGCUUCUAGAACCUGCAAAACCAACUAGCAGGAAUUUUGAAUGCAGAGAAUCCAGGUCCCAAUAUGAGGAGGGGCCAGCUUUGUGGUUGAGAUUGAUUCUUUGCCGCCAGUCAUGUGGGGUGAACCAUUUAAGCAAUAGUCAAAUUGAAGGUAAAGAUUUCUUUUACUUUUUAUGAUACUUUCAAGUUUCAAGUGCUUUUUUGGUCAUGGUGUGUGUAUUGGUUUAGAUUCCCCUCCCCUUUCUCGUUGCAAUGUCUACUGUUAAUUUUAGUGUAUGCUUGAGGUGUAAUUGAUUUUAAGGCUUGAGUUAAGACUUCAUUUGUCCUGUUGAUGGAUGAGUAGUAGAAAAAAUGAAUGUAAUUGCAUUAUUUGGAGCAGACUGUGGAGUUUCAUUCCCUGAAAAUCAUAUAUAUGGUUGUGUGAGCAAACACAAUGUAUGUCAUGUCAAGAAUGUCAUUAUGAAAUAGGAAGAAUAUUUAUCCUUUGAAUUUUGUCUUUUUGGUAUAUUCAGGAGAAGGGUAAAAACAAAAGUAGGAGCAAUAUCUUUUGCCUUUUCGACACAAAUGACUAGAAAGAACCAAAUUGAAGAGUCCUUAAUUAUUUACCUGCCAGUUGGCUGGAUCAAUAUAUACAUACUGGGAUGGUAAGUAUAAAGCAUGGUUUCUCUUGGAGCCUUUUCUUUUGUAAAGGUUGAUAUAAUAGUGGAGGGAAUUACAUUAACAAGUUUCAAGAGGAAGUGUAUGUGUUAUUUAGCUGAACAUAGAGGGCAAAAAGUGGAAGAGAAAGAUAGAGAGCACGAAAAGAAGAGAGGGAAGAAUUGGGAGAGGAGAUAAUGGAAGCAAGAAUAGAUAACUUUCAUUUUGAUGCCCUGCAAGUACUGUGCAUAUAAAAAAGAGAUUGUCAUGCCUCUUUCCCCCUUGUGCAUUAAAAAAUAUUGGUGAACGAAUGUUAAGGCUUUUAGAGCGAUUUUAAGGAUUAUACAGAGGCUUCUUUUGUUGAAAGCAGUGCAGUCACAGUUUGGUGCAAAACUAUUGUACGGGUCGGAUUUGAGCACCGUUUGUUUUGUUGAAAAGCUAACACACAGCUUUCAGAUGGUAUAGGUUUCAGAUUCAGUUUACAUGCUAAUCAGCACCAGUUUUAUUCCAAAUCAAAACCUGAUUUCUUGCCCCAAUGAAUUAUUUGGAUUAAAAUCUCAUCAGACCAGUUCUUCCUAGUGAGACCUGUAACGAAAUGACUGCAUGAGGCUCUUGCAAAUUUGGAUCACCAUCAUGUGCAAAUCUGAUCUUAUGUUAAACAAAAUCUGGUCUUGGAAGGGUCCUCUAGAAUCCAAACCUUCCUUUGGAAAGCAGCUCAUGACAAGCUUCCUAGCUAUUCUGAAAGGAAAGGAAGGAGUGGUUGAUUCUGAACUUACUCCAAGAUAUUCUAUGAUGGUUGAAACAGUGAUUCAAAGCAAAUCAUGAUUAUAAGAUAGUUAUUCAUUUAUGGUCUUCAAUUAUUAAGGAGUAUUGUGUUGAAUUUUUGUUCAGUUGGGCUUUCUUGAUGACUUCUUAAAAAAAUUUAACUUUUGAUUGAGGAGCUAAUAU